GUCGCUGAGUUAUUUCGUGCACGUUGAUGUUCGUUCCGUGCUAAAUUUUAUAUUCAUUAUUAAAUUUUAAUUCUUUUGUGCAUUGCCAUAGUAAAUUCUAAGUGUAUCAUUUCUGUGAGCAUUUGUGUAUUCAUCACCAGGCAUACGAACAUCAUGUCGUCUGGCGUUGCAAUUAUUGACCCAUCUGAGAUUCAUCGGCCCGAAGCAACACAAUGGCAGAACGAUUGUGAGGAAGAAGGAUACCGAAAUUUUUCGUCAAAAGGGAACCUAUUUGAUCGCGUAUACAAAACAUACACGGAUAUGCACACCAAUCAGUGCGUUGACUUCGUUCUUGGAAAGCACAAAAAAUGGUUGAAAUUUGAUCACGGAAAGAAAACAAUCAUGGAGGCUCUGGAAGAUCUCAAUGGACUGGUUGACGAAAGCGAUCCGGAUGUUGAUUUUCCCAACUCUUUCCAUGCCUAUCAAACCGCCGAAGGAAUCAGAAAAAAGCAUCCGGAUAAAGACUGGUUUCACCUUGUUGGUCUCAUUCACGAUCUGGGAAAAAUGAUGGCAAUCUGGGGUGAAGAUCAGUAUUGUGUAGUUGGAGACACGUUCCCUGUCGGGUGCGAGUUCGCCAAGUCGAUCGUGUACUCUGACUCAACAUUCGUGAAAAAUCCUGAUCUCGAUGACUCAAGAUACAAUACAAAGUACGGAAUGUACAAGCCAGGUUGUGGCCUAAAUAAUGUUCUGAUGUCAUGGGGUCAUGAUGAAUAUAUGUACCAGGUUCUUAUGCAUAACAAUACCACGCUGCCGGAAGAAGCUCUUUAUUGUGUGAGAUUUCAUUCGUUUUAUCCGUGGCAUACUGGAAGAGAUUAUCAUCAUUUAUGCAAUGAAACUGACACGAAGAUGGUGGAAUGGAUCAGAGAAUUCAACCAAUACGACCUCUACACCAAGUGUCCUGAUUUACCUGAUGUCGAGAAACUGAAGCCUUACUACCAGUCUCUGGUUGAUAAGUAUAUACCCGGUGUACUGGAAUGGUAGACCGCACAAGUAGCAUAAAAAAAGACACACAAACAAGAGUGAAGCAAUCAACUGCGUAGACUUCGCUACAUCACGAUGAUAAUUUCUUUGUAUUAAUGAUUACGGUAGUGUUUGUUAUUGCGUUUCACAAUGUGAGACAUACUGUAAUACAGUACUAAUUUGCUGCGAGAAGUCUUGUAAACAGACUCUGCCUCAUUAUAAAAAUCAUUUAUUCAAAAAUUGUGUUUCUUCUGAUGUUGUAUACAUCCCUACUGAAUAACCUAAUUUUAUUUUAUCAUAUGAUAAUUUGAAGACGACCCAUGGUACAAUCCAUAUAAUAUAAUGCAAUUGAUUUUAACUGUAAACGUAUUUUAUA